AUGCCAUACGAUGAACUGUCGUCUGGACCUAAUCCGUUCCCCAGCCAGGUAGACAACGCUCUACCUUCUCGAUGCGAGAAAGACGACCAACAAUCCAUCCAUAGCCGCGACCGGCUAGAGCUUCCCAGUGAUGCUCAGGAUUUCAACACGACCGACAGCGACACCGACUCCAGCUCCGUGACCUUUGCCGCCAACCCAGAAUACUAUAAUCACUUAAUGACCAACAUCGCUCUCUGGCAACGUCGCUCUACUACAACCCCGCAGCCGGGGGACUUGUGGAGCAUCCUCGACCCCGACGACCUCGCGACCAUGUCAUGGGACGAGUGGAUCCCCCUCGUAUUCGACUCCCCCUCUGACCGCAGCAUGGCCGGAUAUGCGGGACAUGACAGCUAUAGCAGGUCCAACGGCCCACCCCUCCAAACCCUCCGACCCGCUCACCUUCUCCGACGAGAGGCCCUGGACGCUGAACCUGGUCCGGCACUCCCGGCUCCUCCGUUCCCCAACCCACUUAUCCCGCGCAUUUGCUGCCUGGACAACGGCAGCUUCUCGAUCCUCGCCGUUCCAGUCGACGUGGAGAACCCCCUCAUAUGGACGCUCACGGCACCCAUCCUCGUGGACGUACACAUAGGCAUACACAUUUGUAUGGAGUACGCCAGCAUCUGGGUGUGCGGCACCGUUCGGUCCAUAUUCCGACUGCACGACGACUGCGUCACCUUCUUCGUGCAGGGGAUUGUCGUGUUUUCCGGACAGGUCGUCAACUCAGAGCGCGUCAUGUUGCGCGUCACGCCGGAGCUCGCCCGCCUUUCGAUGCGAGAUUGGACAAAGCACAACGUUACCAAAACCGCCGACGUGACCAUGCAAGCCGACGCAUUCAGCAGCUGGGAUGGACCACGGGUGGCAAUGGCAAGGGAAGAGGACGCGUAG